AUGUCGGCGGCCGCCGUCCUGUGCCGGCUUGGGCUCGGCCUCCGCCGCCUCUCCACACUUCCCGAGUUCCCUGCGGCCGCGGCCGCGGCCGGGGCGCCGCAGCCACAGCACGCGACCUCGAAGGACGCUUACUUCGCGGUGGUGCACAACCUCUCCACCAUCGUGCGACGCGACUUCUACCUGGAGCGCACCCUGAACCGCCUCCGCCUCCCGUCCCCGUUCCCUCCCGACCUGGCGCUCCGCGUCAUCCGCGCCGCCGCCCCCGCCGCGCCGCUCCACGCCACGCGCUUCCUUGCUUGGCUCCGCGCCAAGCCGUCCUUCACCGCCUCCGCCGAGCACUUCGACGCGCUGCUCCUCCCGCUCGCGCGCGCGCGGCUCUUCCCGCACCUCUGGUCCCUCGCCUCCGACAUGCGCGGACUCGGCCUCCCCCUCUCGCCGACCACCUUCUCCGCGGUCAUCUCGUCCUACGGCCACUCUCGCCUCCCCGACCAGGCCGUCGAGGUGUUCAACCGCCUCCCUCGAUUUGGCUGCCCGCAGACCACCGAGGUCUACAACGCCCUCCUCGACGCGCUCUGCGCCAACGGCAACUUCACCGGCGCCUACAAGCUGCUCCGCAGGAUGGCGCGCAAGGGCGUGGCCCCCGACCGCGCCACGUUCAGCACCCUCGUUGACUCCUGGUGCGCGGCGGGGAAGCUCAAGGAGGCGCAGGCGUUCCUCGACGACAUGGCGAGCCGCGGGUUCCGCCCGCCGGUGCGCGGCCGUGACCUCCUCGUCGACGGGCUCGUCCGCGCUGGGCACUUAGAGGAGGCUAAGGCCUUCGCCCUCCGCAUGACCAAGGAGGGCAUCCUCCCUGACGUUGCUACAUUCAACUCCCUUGCCGAGGCGCUCUGCAAUGCUGGAGAUGUGGACUUCGCCGUGGCUCUUCUUGCUGAUGCUUCCAGUCGAGGCCUCUGUCCAGACAUCUCAACAUACAAGGUAAUGCUACCAGCUGUGGCCAAGGUUGGCAAAAUUGAGGAGGCAUUCAGGUUGUUCUAUGCGGCUGUUGAGGAUGGCCAUCGGCCAUUCCCGAGUCUCUAUGCAGCGAUCAUCAAGGCGCUUUGUAAGGCAGGGCGCUUCGCAGAUGCUUUCGCCUUCUUUGGUGAUAUGAAGAUGAAGGGGCACCCACCGAAUCGCCCUGUGUAUGUGAUGCUCGUCAAAAUGUGUGUGAGGGGCGGUCGGUUUGUGGAGGCUGCAAAUUACCUCGUUGAGAUGAGUGAGGCAGGGUUCACACCCCGGGCACCAACCUUUAAUGUUGUAGUUGAUGGGCUUCGACAUUGUGGGAAGCAUGACCUUGCCCGGAGAUUGGAACAGCUUGAGGUGUCCCUGAAGGAAAUUAAAUGGAUGGGGAACUAG